UCUUAUCAUUGUGCAUAUUAGCAUUUGCAUAGAAGUUUAUUUGCUCGACUCUUGGAAUUUUGUUAAGUUUGUCGGUACCUAGCGGGUUGGUUGUGAGAACAAUAUGUCAAUCCGAAAGUACUAGUCCAGAAGUAAUUUGUCUUGUGAAAAUAGAUUUUUCUCAACUGACUUACAAUUGGGCUUGGAAUAUUUCCAUAUUUCUAACAUUUCCUUCCAUGGCCUCUCUUCUGACCUUAAUCAUUUGCAUAGCUAUUACCAUAUCUCAAGUGGCUGCAACUACUAUUGAUAGCUCCUUGAAGAAAGGCAUUUCAAAUGAAAUUCGGAGCAAACAAUUGAGAAAGAGGACGAUGCAACAAAUUUCAUUAACAAUCCCAUAUUUCAGCGACAAUGGAAGAAUCAGAAGAAUGAUCAACAACAUUAAUCCAGGCAACAAACUGGCCUUAUCCGCUCUGAGAAGUUGCCAAGAGCUUCUCCCUCUCGCAAUAUACAACCUCAACAGAUCCCUCUCGUCUGAUGUAACCAAGGCCGGAGCGAUUUCCAUGACAAUCGCUGCAGGCACCACUCUACAGACGUGUAUAGAUGGAUUCGAGGAUCAACCUCGGGUGAUCUUCAAAUCUGUAAACAACAAACUCAAGUAUCCCAUUAAACUCAACAGAGCCACCAUCAAAAUGAUGGCCAAGCACAGCCCCAAGAGGAGCCCGAGACCUUGCAAGAAGAAUCCACCACGGUGCCAGCCCAAGAGAAAGGAACACCGAUCCAAGAGGAAUCAAGCCGAACCAAUGCGCCCGUCGCAACACAUGACCACCCGAAUGUCACCAAGACUACUUUAGUUCUUUUAUUUGAUUUAUAACCUACCUCUUUCUCGAGUUUUAUUUGUUGUUUCUUUCCCGGGUCACAAAAGAGAGUCGAACCAGCCAUAGAGUCUAUAAAUAGGGAUCUUGUAUUAUUUUCCAAGGCAAGAAAAUACAAGAUAC